AUGACAGGAGACAAUCAAUCUUCUUCUGCCACUGUUUCUGCUGAAGAUUUCCAGGAGGUGCGUGCACAAAUACGUCAACUAAUGCAAGGGAUGCAAGCAAUUCAACUAUCACUACAACAACAACGCGGGGAGCCUCCGCCUGUUGAUAAUGACCAUAUUGAGGAUGAAAAUCCUUUUGCGUCGGCGACGGAAGCUGCACGUCUUCGGGCUGAAGCAGCACACCGUGCUACUGCAGGUGGUGAUGGUCAUGACGCUGGCCGUGGCCGUGGUCGUGGUGGUGUCCAGGGACAUGCUGCUGGCUUUGGUAAUUUUGGAGCUCAUCGACGGCCGCAAAAUUUUGGUCGUGCACGGCGAGUCCCAAUUGGCGGUGCUGCAGAUUUUGAUUUUGAUGAGAAUUCUGAUUAUGGUGAUGAUGGUAGGCAUGGUGAUCUUGCUGCUCAUGGUGGUGGUUACAAUGACCGUGGUGGUGCUCCCUUUCGUCACUUUGGUGCUUUUGGUGACCACCAUUUUGGUGGUAAUGAUGGCCACCGUGACCGGCGUCGUGGUGAUCAUGAACGUCGCCGCGAUGAUGAUGGUUUGGGUAGAGUUAAAAUUUCAAUCCCUUCAUUUAAUGGCAAGGAAAAUGCUGAUUCUUACUAUGAGUGGGAGACCAAGGUGGAUCAGAUUUUUGACUUAUAUGAGUACCCUGCUGAGAAGAAGGUAAAAUUGGCAGCAAUUGAGUUCAAAGGCUAUGCCAUUACAUGGUGGAAUCAAAUACGUGCAGAAUACCACCGUGUGGGACAUGAUCGUAUCACUUGGGAAGACAUGAAGAGGGAAAUGAGACGUCGCUUUGUUCCUGCAUAUUAUUCUCGUGACUUACACUUGCGUCUGAAACGUCUUGUGCAAGGUGAUCGCAGCGUUGAUGAGUAUUUUCAAGAAAUGGAAAUGUGCCUACUUCGUACAGGAAUAACUGAGGAUGAAGAAUCCACUAUGGCUCGUUUCUUAGUUGGACUCAAUAAACCAAUUGCUAACAAGGUGGACAUGACUAGUUACACCAAUCUCAUGGAAUUGGUGCACUUUGCAAAAAGAGCAGAACGACAGUUGGCUGAAUCUUAUAACAAAAAUCGUGUUUCAUUUUCUGCUACUAACAGUAAUUCUCCAUGGCGAAACCAACAGCAGCAAGGGUCAGGCUCCCAAAUACCUUCCUCGCGAGCACCUUUUACACCUCGUGCAGAUUCUAGAACAACAAAACAAACUGAGGUGAAAGGUAAAACCAUUGGCUCAAGUCAGUCCAGCUCCUCUACUGCUCCCGGCAAGAAGAAAACAAGUUCAAUUGAGUGUUUUAAGUGUGGUGGCCAUGGGCAUAAGCAGGCUGAAUGCCCCAAUCGACGUGUUAUUCUUGCCCUUGCAGAUGGUUCUUAUGAUUCACAAAGUGAGGAGGAGGAUGGCAAUGAUGACAUAGAUUUCCAUGAUGGCAGUGUAGAAACUUUGGAAUAUGAAGCAGAGGAUGGUGAGUGUGAAUUAGGCCUGAAUUGUUUAGCGCUACAAGCUUUUCAUCAUGUUGGUGAGAUGCACACAAACACUAUUUUUCCAAGCUCCACGACGGAAAUUACUUGUGCUGAUUUUGAUGAGCUGCUUGUUGAUUUGAAUGAUUGGGACACUCAUGAUGCCUCCAAGAGUGCUUCUAUCACAUUACUGGCAGCUCCAUGUUAUUUUGAUAGUAGCUUGAAGGCUGGUACUUUGAAUCCUACAAAACCUAAAGUAAUGCAAGAAAUUAUUUGUGCUCCGGAAUAUGGUAAUGAGCUACCAUUAUUCCCUUUUGAAAAUACUCUUACAUGCUUGCUGCAACCUGAAUGUCUAUCUCCAUAUUCGAGUAUGCCAAAUCAUUCUUUGGUGGUGCGUCGUGUUCUUUCAACUCAAUUAGUUGCAGCUGAACAAGGGCAGCGUCAUAACUUGUUUCAAUCACGUUGCAAAAUCAAAGGACAAGUUUGUCGAUUCAUAAUUGAUGGUGGAAGCUGUAACAAUAUUGUUAGUGCCAUGCUUGUUGAGAAGCUUGGGCUGCAAACACGUCGCCACCCACACCCGUACCAUAUGCAAUGGUUGAAUAAUUCAGGGACGGUGAAGGUUUCUUCCAUGGUCAGACUGUCAUUUUCUAUUGGUGGCUAUCAUGAUGAGGUGGAUUGUGACAUUGUUCCAAUGCAAGCUUGCCACUUACUUUUGGGCCGUCCAUGGCAAUAUGAUGUCGAUUCUGUGCACUAUGGCCGUUCAAACAAAUACUCAUUUAUUCAAAAAGAGAAGAAGGUGGUUCUUGUCCCAUUGACUCCUGAAGAUAUACAUGCUUCCGAUGUUGCUCGUAUGAAAAGAGAGGAGAGUGACAAGAGAAAAAUGAGUGACACACAGAACAACAGUAAGGGAGAGAAUCCUAAACCAUCCCACUCCAUAAAGCCUACAAAAAACAAAAGAGUGCCACAACAUAAUGAGUGUUUAUUGGUGAGCAAGAGUGAUUUGCGAGAAGUGCGAAACACAACAGCCCCAUUCUUUGUGCUCCUAUACAAGGAUGUUUUGGUUUCAACUAACAGCUCACCCUCAACAUUGCCCAGUGUUGUUCUUGAUUUAUUGCAGGACUUCGAAGAUGUGUUCCCGGAUGAGGUGCCGGCUGGUCUUCCUCCUGUACGUGGCAUUGAACACCAAAUUGAUUUGGUUCCGGGUGCUUCUCUUCCAAAUCGUCCAGCAUAUCGUGCUAAUCCUGAUGAAACAAAAGAAAUUCAGCGACAGGUAAAAGAGCUUUUGGACAAAGGGUAUGUCCGAGAAUCCCUUUCCCCAUGCGCUGUUCCAGUACUCUUAGUCCCAAAAAAAGAUGGUUCUUGGCGCAUGUGUGUUGACUGUCGUGCUAUAAAUGCUAUAACUGUUAGAUACCGUCACCCUAUUCCAAGGCUUGAUGAUAUGUUAGAUGAAUUAUGUGGCGCUGUUAUUUUCUCCAAAAUUGAUUUACGCAGCGGCUAUCACCAAAUUCGGAUGAAAAUUGGAGACGAAUGGAAGACAGCAUUUAAAACAAAAUUUGGUUUAUAUGAAUGGCUUGUUAUGCCCUUUGGAUUGACAAAUGCUCCUUCAACUUUUAUGCGUUUAAUGAAUCAUGUUUUGAGAGCAUUUAUUGGUAAGUUUGUGGUUGUAUAUUUUGAUGAUAUCCUAAUCUAUAGUAAGUCUUUUGAUGAACAUAUUGAUCAUAUCCGCCAAGUACUAGUUGUUUUGAGGGCUGAAAAGUUGUAUGGGAACAUUUCUAAGUGCACUUUUUGCACAGAUCGUGUUGUUUUUCUUGGUUUUGUUGUGACUGCAGAGGGCAUUCGUGUUGAUGAAGGGAAGAUCAAAGCAAUAAAGGACUGGCCUACACCUGCAAAUGUGAGCCAAAAGGAUGUCCCCUUCAAGUGGGGAGCUGAACAGGACCAAUCAUUCCAAGAGCUAAAAAGAAAACUUUGUGAAGCACCACUACUACAACUACCAGACUUUGGUAAAACCUUUGAAAUUAACUGUGAUGCAAGUGGUGUUGGCAUCGGUGGUGUGCUAAUGCAGGAAGGUAAACCCAUUGCUUACUUUUCUGAAAAAUUAAAUGGUCCACAUCUGAACUACUCUGUUUACGACAAAGAGCUUUAUGCCUUAGUUCGAGUUCUUGAAACAUGGCAGCAUUACUUGUUUCCUAAAGAGUUUGUCAUACACUCUGAUCAUGAAGCUUUAAAAUAUCUCAAGACUCAAGGUAAGCUGAACCGUAGGCAUGCAAAAUGGAUUGAGUUUAUUGAGACAUUCCCAUAUGUUGUUAAGCAUAAGAAAGGUAAAGAUAACAUUGAGGCACAUGCAGGUGGUUUAGCUGUCCAUUCAACAACAAAUUUCUGUCCAUUUGAAAUUGUUUAUGGCUUUAAACCACAUACACCCAUGGAUCUUUUGCCUUUACCAUUACAGGAACAAGUUAACCUCGAUGCUACAAAGAGAUCUGAAUUUAUUAAGAAGCUACAUGAUGACACAAAGAGGAACAUUGAGAGGAAAUCUGCACAGUAUGCAAAACAAGCGAACAAGGGUAAGAAAAAAGUUUUAUUCCAGCCUGGUGACCUAGUGUGGUUACAUCUACGCAAAGAUCGAUUUCCCCACCAACGCAAGAGUAAGUUAUCCCCACGGGGUGAUGGUCCAUUCAAGGUUCUCGAAAAGAUAAAUGAUAAUGCUUACAAAAUUGAGUUGCCCCCUGAGUUUUCCAAUGUGAGUGCAACAUUCAAUGUCAAAGACUUGCUUCCAUUUGUCGGUGAGUCUGAGUCGAGGACGACUCCUUCUCAAGAGGGGGAGGCUGAUGAGGACAUCCCUAGCAUCGACAAUAAUAUUAUUAAGAAUAAGGAUGCAACUAAUAUUGUUGGUCCAGUUACACGAAUGCGGGCUAAACAACUAGAGAAGGAAAUUCAUUCUCAGGUGAAUGCUAACCUUAUUCUAAUCAAUGACAAUAUUUCAGAUCAUUCGAUGCUUCCAAGUUGUUGUUUGAACAUUCUUAGGAACGAUGGCAUCUGGGCAAAGGCAUGGGAUGAGGAUGGUUUUAAUCCUCCAACAGUGUGGUGAUCAGCUUACUGUUUGUGGGAACAGGUGGACGUGUGAAUCUUGGAAGAAUAAUGAUAGGUGAAAGCUAUCCCUAAAUAUCAAAUACUAUUUUGUAUCUAAAAAUAUUAUAUUGUGUGCUAUAUUUAAAUUGUAGGAUCUGAAUGCUUGGACGUGCUGUGCUAGUGAGAAUAAAGAGAGAUGGAGAACCAUUCGGCUACCAUGCAGAUCAGUUGUGGAUGUGCAAAGCAAAUAAAUUCGUGAGUUAGGAAAGCAGUCAGCCACCAAAUUAAAGUUCACAUGCGUGCAAGCAUGCUGCAUGCUGCGUGGCUGAAGAAUACCAACCAUCCAAAGAAUUCCACUCAU